ACGUGGUCGCUUUUAGGGGAAAUGUCUGAAAAACUGAGAAGAUGCAGAAAGGAGCUGACUGCGGCCAUUGACCGGGCCUUUGAAGGCAUCAGUCAUUGCCAGGAGUGCUCGGGCCGGCGGAGGCUGGAGCCGGACGCCGCGCCGCUCCCCUUCCCCCUCCCUGGGCCCCGGCUGCUCGGCAGGAGGCACCCGCGGGCAGCCGCCGCCUCCGCGGCUCCUUGCAUUCCAGUCCCGUGUGCUCUGGAGAACGAGAGCCCUGCCUUUGCUCCAAACCAUGCCCCAGGGAAUGCAAAGCCACAUGCCUCAUGCCCGAAAAGAAAACCUCUGACCAGUAAGGAAAACGUAUUGAUGCAUUCCUCCGUUUUGGCAGCCGAAAGACCGUUUUGGAGAGCCGCGGGAGAUGGGGAGAAGUGGAGAAAAGACGGCCUAAGGAAAGAUAUGGAGAAAGAUUUGAAGAUUGACUCAAACAUGCCACUCAGCAAUUCUAGCCAAGAGGUUACAAAGGAUCUGCUUGAUAUGAUCGACCAUACGAGCAUCCGAACUAUUGAAGAGUUGGCUGGGAAACUAGAAUUUGAAAACGAGCUGAACCGCGUGUGUGGUCGCUGCGGAGAUUCGCCCUUCAGGGAGGAAGCCUGGGCCUUGCUCGUGGACGAGAGCCCUCAGAAGGCCCCGGAUAGCGGCUCCAGCAGCCUCAAGCAGGCUUUCGAUGAUCACAGUAUCGUGGAGACUGUGCUGGACUUGGAAGAGGACUACAAUUUGAUGACCUCUUUUGAAUACCAGAUUGAGUAA